AAACCCCGCAAGCAGGCGCCGUGUCGGUUUUCAGAGCGGGCGGGGGCGGGGAGGGGGGGGGCCGCGGGCAUUUCUUCCGACACCCGGGGCGCGGGGAAACCGUCGUUUUCCGGGGGAGGAAAGGCCGCGGCGGCGGUGGGAGGGCUUGGCUCGCGCUCUGUGCCACAGGGGGCCGCCGGGCUCCGGCGCUGACGCACCGCGGGACGGGGACGAAACGCCCCGAGGAGCGGCGGCGGGACCGGCCCAGCAGAACUGUGAGGCAGAGUUUGGUAUGAUACCAUGGAAGGGCAGCAUAACCAUCCACAUCAUCUAGGGGACCAGAACAACCCUCUUUGCAAGCUGCCAGGGCAGGAAUACCAGCAUGAUCCUCAGAGACAUUUAACGUCGUACCCAUAUCGCUGCACGUUGGCAGAUUUUCAGAUAGAGAAAAAGAUUGGACGAGGACAGUUCAGCGAAGUUUACAAAGCAACUUGUCUUCUGGACAGAAAACCUGUGGCAUUAAAGAAAGUUCAGAUUUUUGAAAUGAUGGAUGCCAAGGCUAGGCAAGAUUGCAUUAAAGAAAUUGACCUCUUGAAGCAACUGAACCACCCCAAUAUAAUUAAGUAUUUGGAUUCUUUUAUUGAAGACAAUGAACUUAACAUUGUCCUGGAGCUGGCCGACGCUGGUGAUCUCUCUCAGAUGAUUAAGUAUUUUAAAAAGCAGAAACGGUUAAUCCCAGAAAGGACGGUGUGGAAAUAUUUUGUGCAGUUAUGCAGUGCAGUUGAACACAUGCACUCCCGCAGGGUGAUGCACAGAGACAUAAAACCAGCCAACGUGUUUAUAACAGCCACAGGGGUGGUGAAGCUGGGAGAUCUUGGAUUAGGACGGUUUUUUAGUUCUAAAACCACUGCAGCACAUUCCUUAGUGGGAACUCCAUACUAUAUGUCCCCAGAAAGAAUACAUGAAAAUGGCUAUAACUUUAAAUCUGAUAUCUGGUCUUUGGGCUGUUUAUUGUAUGAGAUGGCAGCUCUUCAGAGUCCUUUCUAUGGAGAUAAAAUGAACCUGUUUUCUCUUUGCCAAAAAAUAGAGCAAUGUGACUACCCACCUCUUCCAGCUGAACAUUAUUCUGAAAAGCUGCGGGAGCUGGUCAGCAUGUGCAUAUACCCUGAUCCAGAUCAAAGACCUGACAUUGGUUACGUGCACCAAAUAGCAAAACAAAUGCAUGUUUGGACCUCCAGCACAUGAACCAUCUGCAAACACUCAAGAAGCCAGCACAGCUCAGUCUUACUUGAAUUUUUUUUUCUCAGAUGAAACCGACUGGUGCCUAGUCACAUAAGUGAGAGGGUUGAGCACUCAUAGCAAGAUGCUCCAUUAUUUCUGCAGGUUAUUUGACAAGGACUCUUACAUGGUGGUCAUGCUUUAAAGUGAAGAUUCUGUGAGGUAUUGCAAGUGAUUUUUUUUUUUUUUUUUUUUAAGGCCAAUAACGUUACAGAUGUAGAUCAUUUAAGGUCCUUUCUUAAAACUGUCGUGUGUAAUCUAGGAUAGAUGAUAUUAACAAGGGUGUCAGAGCAUUUGACACACCCCUUCUAUCUUAACUGUAAUGUGAAAUAUUGAAAUAAUUCCUUCAGUGAAAUCACUUUAUACUAAUGUAAGAAUUACAGUAGAUUUUGUGUAAUUUGUAUAACUGCUACUUUGCCUCUUCUGCAAAUGGUUAAUAGCAAAUUCAGUUUUUACUUAGUAUAUUUUAAAGCAGCCAUUUAUGUGUUUUUAUUAAUUCCCUCCUCUUCAGACUUAGGAACUGGGAAGGGUUGGGGGGUGGGAAACACAUUUGUUUCAAGAUUUCUUUUUUUUAACUGAAAAUUUAGAGUGAGUAUUUUUGCUGAUGCAUUUAUCUGUUAAAUUGGCUACAGCCAAUGAGAUGAGUUAAGCAUGUACCUGGGGAAAAAACAAGAAAAACAUGCCAAACAAACCCAAAAUAAACAUUGCUUCUGCAAAUAAUUUCUCUUUAAACGUAUUUUCCCAUUUGGCAUGAUUCUUUUUAGACUACAGGUUCUUGUUAAAAAACAGUGUUUAUCUAAGCCAGCUAGAUUUUGGUGAAGCUAAUGCCACAAGUUCAGUAGUACAUUAGGUACUAUAGAUAAAACUUACUUAAGCAAAGCAGUGUUUUAAACACUUGGAAAUUUUUAGAAAAAGAAAUAAGUAAGUAAAGUAAAAUGCUUUGUGUAUCUAAUUCUACAUAAGGAUCAGCCCCUGUCUAUUUAACUGUGAAAGCUAAUUUACAGAAUGUGAAUUUUUAUAAAAAUCUCAACCUGAUUUGAAGGAGUCAUCUUCUUUAACUACAUGAAAAUUUUCAACCAACUAAAUUCAUUCAUUGAAUCAAUGAUUUGUUUCAUUACUGUUGAUGAAAAAUAUUCACUGCUUUAGGAACAAACGUGGAUUCACGUUCAAGUGUUUCCAUUUCAUUUGCCUGUUCAGAGGAACAGGGCUGCACUUAACGUUCUUGAAGACUACAGCGGGGGAAAUAAAUAAGCCUGUACUGUUGCAGCGCUGCUUCCAUGUGUGACGGUGGCUAAUGCCAAAAAUGUAGAUUUGUGUGUGACAGUUCUAAUGCAGCCUGUGCCUGUUUGUUUUUUUUUUCCUUAAGAAAAGCAUACAAUCCUUAAUUUUUUUGGAAAUAAGAUUAGGGUUAGAGGGUUACAUACAUAUAUAUGCUUUUAGUGGAUUUUUUUAACCUAAUUUGCUCUACUUAAAGGAAAACUGCAGUGCAUCUUCAACUAUGUCCCAUCAAAUUUUGAAAUAUUUAUAUAGGGUAGCAAAGCUAUUAAUUGCUGUGAAUAAUGUUGGUAUCAUUAAUGCAAGGUACCACUUUAUUGAGUUUUCUCAGCAGAAAGUUGAGCCUGCUGCUCUCAUGAGAGAUUCAGGAAAUUCAAAUCAGCAUGAGAAUGCAGUGGAGGCACCAGAUUGCUUCCAACAUUCCCAGGCAAACUUGUUUAAUUUAUACCCAGCUUCUUUAGCAAUUCUUAGAUUUAAGACUGAAGACUGUCACUUUUACACUGCAGCUUUGCUUUAAGCCAUGGUGGCAGCUACACAUUCAGAGGGAUGGUUGUGCUGUGCCUCUCUUGGUGUAACACAGAAAAGGAUCUUCGGCUUCCAGGGAAGCUCAGCUUAAAUUUGAGUAUCUUGAGAAGUCUGGUCACUUUCUUGCUACAUAAAAUUUAUUAGUGCUUAUAAGUAAAUGUAUUUCAAAGGGUAAUUUUUUGCAAUUGUGCAUUUUUAGAUAAAUAAAAAAAUGAUUUACAAAAUAAA